AUGGUACACCUCACAGCUGUGGUGCCCGAGUGCCAAAGAAGGGACUAUGGCCAUGGCAGCGUCGUGUGUGUUUGCAACGCGACGUACUGCGACUUCGCUGGUGACAUCGGGCUCCCACCGAGUGGGUCAGCGUUCGCGUUCGAGAGCAACAAGGAUGGCCUACGUUUCGCCAAGACCAGCAUACCUCUCAGCAGGGCGCCGACUCAAGACACAAGUGUCAACGACACGCUCCUGCUCGUGUUGGACUCUGCAAAAACGUACCAAAUUGUGUACGGCUUCGGAGGUGCCUUCACCGACGCCGCCGGAAUAAAUGUGAAAUCUCUCCCGGAAAAGUUGCAAGACGAUCUUAUCAAGUCUUACUACGGAAAAGAAGGUAUUGCGUACAACAUGGGAAGGGUACCUUUGGCGAGCACUGACUUUUCGGAACGCAAGUACACUUACGACGACAGCCCCGGUGAUUUGGAGUUGACCAAUUUCACACUCGCCCAGGAAGACCUGCAUCUCAAGAUCCCGUACAUCAAAAAGGCCACGUCCCUAGUAAGUGGGCCCUUGCUGUUGAUCGGAAGCGCUUGGAGCAGUCCAGCCUGGAUGAAGACCUCCAACACACUCGAGGGCGGAGGUGUUCUCAUAGGCGAACCAGGAAGCGCCUACUACAAGUCAUGGGCAAAGUAUUACGUCAGGUUUUUGCAAGAAUAUUUGCGUCAAGGCAUUCGUUUCUAUGGCGUCACGGCGCAGAACGAACCGACGACAGGUUUCGCGCCCACCGUUAGCUGGCCGGCCCUGGGCUUUACGGCGCAAACACAGAAGGAGUUUAUCAAACUCGACAUGGGGCCGAUGCUAGAUGAGGCCGGCUACGGCGCGGACGUGCUUCAGCUCCUGAUCUUCGACGACAGUAGCGAAAGUCUCCCGGAGUGGUCAAAUGUGGUGCUGAGUGACACCGAGACGGCCGAGUACGUACGCGGAGUCGCUGUCCACCGGUACUCGGACAAAUCCGUCACUCCCGCGGGUCUUGAUCAGGUGCACGAAAACUUUGAGAACAAGUUCAUCUUGAGCACCCAAGCCAGCGCUGGCUCUGCGGCGAAGCCCGAAGACAAGGUCCUACUGGGCAGCUGGGAGCGUGCCGAGGAGUACGCGAGCAAUAUCAUCGAGGACUUUAACCAUUGGGUUAACGGUUGGAUUGACUGGAACCUCGCCCUCAACACAGAAGGCGGCCCUAGCUGGGUUCAAAAGUCCGCCGACUCACCCGUCAUCGUGAACGCCACUGCUCAAGAGUUUUACAAGCAGCCAAUGUACUACGCUUUGGGCCAGUUCAGCAAAUUCCUUCCAAUGUCCACUACAAGGGUUGAGUCACAUCUGGAGCAAGCCCAUUCUCAUGACACGCCUGCGAAACAUCUCCAGCACAUAGCCUUUGUUACGCCGGAUUCCAGAAUUGUUGUGAUCGUCCUGAACAAAAACGACAACAAAUACACGCUGAAGAUAAAAGACGUGUAUAGCGAAGGAAGCGUCCAGAAGGUCAUCAACGAGCGGUCGAUAACUACGUUCGUCUGGAAGGCAGGAAAACCGCGCCCCGCUCAAUAA